AUGUUAAACCCAACAAUCACAGAAAAUGAGUAAUAAAGAAAAAUAGGUGAGAAACUCAUAAUAAUAAUUAGAACAUUUUUGAUAACAGAAAGAGAAGUAUUAAAUUUGAUAGGUUGAGGAAUUGAAAAUAACAUUAUCAGAAAAUAUACGAUUUGAUAUUAGUGAUGCAUUUAGAGCAAUUGAUUCAAAUAUGAAAGGAUAUAUCACAUCUUAAGAUAUAUUUCGUUUUAUGUGUAAGAAUGGUUAUAGUGUUCAUUAAAAGUUUUGUGAUUUCUGGAUAUUCACUUGGAGUAAUGAAGAUGAUAAAUUAAGAUAUUAAUUAUUUCUUGAAUUUAUAGUUCCAAGAUAUAAUAGAGAUGUAGCUAUGUAAUGUAUAGUUAGAAAAAUAUAUUCAGAAACAGGAAAAUUUAUCUACAAUUUAUAGAUAAAUUGUCAUUUUAUUUAGAAGAAUUUGUAGCAAAAUUGAUAUAGAGAGAAAUAGAUUAUUUAAGAACUAUUGAAAUCGAGAAAAUGAACUUAGCUUAAUUAGUUGAAUGGAAAUUCACUACAGUAUUUAAGUAUAUUGCGGGUAAUUUACCUAUUAUAGAUAAACGAUGUUUAGAUUAAUUAUUAAAUAAAUUUGAAAUUUAAUCAUUAACUUAAUAAGAAUAUAAUAUGUUUCUGAAGAGAUUUAAUAAAACAGAAGAUACAAUAAUGCAAAAAGAUGAAUUUAGUGAUUUAAUAUUUCCAAGCAGAGAAUUAAUUAAAGAAAUGUAACCAUCAAGAGAUGGAUUUUAGGAAUAUGUCUUAAUCAUGAUUAAUAAUUAGAUUAAUUGUUAGGCAAAGAUUUAAUUAUUGAUUAAGAUGAUUUCAUUUUAAACCAGAAUAACAUAAAAUUAAAUUAAAUUCUACUUAAAAGUUAUCAAUUUAACUGAUAAAUAAGAUUUUAUUACUAAAAUAUAAUAACAAAAUGAAUCUAUUCAAAAUUAAAAUUAAAAAAUAUUCGAACCUACUUAAAUAUAAACCACUUAAAAUAAAACUUUACUUAUGAGUUUUAAACCUGCUUAAAUACCAUCAAAUUAAAAAUAUUAAAAUUCUAUUGAUCAAAGUAUUAAGGCAUCAACUCAAAACUAAUAAAGAUCUAAAAAUUAUCAAAUACCUAAUGAAUGA